AUGGCGGACCUUGUCGACCACUCCCCCCACCAACCCACCAGCGUCGCCAAAUUGGCCAGCGCCUCCAAUGUCAUCCUGAUCGAUAACUACGACUCGUUCACCUGGAACGUCUACCAGUACUUGGUCCUGGAAGGUGCCACCGUGACCGUUUACCGCAAUGACCAAGUCACCGUGGAGGACUUGAUCGCGAAGAAGCCUACCCAACUAGUCAUCAGUCCCGGCCCCGGCCACCCAGAGACUGAUGCAGGAAUUAGCAAUGCUGCAAUUCAAUACUUCAGUGGAAAGGUCCCCAUCUUUGGUGUCUGCAUGGGCCAACAGUGCAUGAUUACUUCAUUUGGUGGCAAGGUGGAUGUCACCGGCGAAAUUCUUCACGGAAAGACCUCGGUGUUGAAACAUGACGCCAAGGGUGUCUACCAGGGAUUGCCAACUUCGCUCUCCGUCACUCGGUACCACUCCCUCGCCGGAACACACUCUACUGUCCCUGAGUGUAUGGAAGUCACCUCGUGGGCCGAAUUGGAGGAUGGUAGCGGCAAGAACGUUAUCAUGGGCGUGAGACACAAGGAGCUUACCGUGGAAGGCGUUCAAUUCCACCCCGAGAGCAUUCUGACAGAGUACGGACGCACCAUGUUCAGGAAUUUCCUGACUCUCACCUCUGGUACUUGGAGCAAGGCCCAGACCGCAACUCCUGCCGCACCGGUGGAUAAGAAAGUCUCCAUUUUGGACAAGAUUUAUGCUCAUCGCAGAAAUGCUGUUGCUGAGCAAAAGAAGGUCCCUGCCUUGCGUCCGGAGGCUCUCCAGGCCGCAUACGACCAAAACAUUGCGCCCCCUCAAAUUUCAUUCCCUGCGCGACUGAGGCAAUCCGACUAUCCCCUCUCCCUGAUGGCGGAGAUCAAACGUGCAUCGCCUUCAAAGGGUAUCAUCUCAGCCGAUGUGUGCGCUCCUGCCCAGGCAAGAGAGUAUGCCAAGGCUGGAGCUAGCGUCAUUUCCGUCCUCACAGAGCCGGAAUGGUUCAAGGGCACGAUUGACGAUCUGCGGGCUGUUCGCCAGAGCUUGGAGGGACUUCCUAACCGACCGGCUGUCCUUCGAAAGGAGUUCGUUUUCGACGAAUACCAGAUUCUGGAAGCUCGCCUGGCCGGUGCUGAUACCGUUCUACUUAUUGUGAAGAUGCUGGACCUCGAGCUCUUGACUAGACUGUAUCACUACUCUCGCAGCCUUGGCAUGGAACCUUUGGUUGAAGUGAACACUCCCGAGGAGAUGAAGACUGCUGUUGAUCUCGGAUCCCAAGUGAUUGGUGUCAACAACAGAGAUUUGACGAGCUUUGAAGUCGACCUCGGAACCACAAGUCGCUUGAUGGAUCAAGUUCCCGAGAGCACAAUUGUGUGUGCUCUCAGUGGAAUCCUGGGACCCAAGGAUGUGGAAUCAUAUAAAAAGGAAGGCGUCAAGGCAAUUCUUGUUGGCGAGGCUUUAAUGCGGGCCGAAAAUACUUCUGCGUUUGUCGCGGAGCUUCUCGGCGGUUCCGACAAAGAUCUUGGUGGCGUCUCGAGCUCUCCACUGGUCAAGAUCUGUGGCACUCGAUCUGAAGAAGCAGCUGUCGCCGCCAUUGAAGCUGGUGCGGAUCUUGUUGGUAUCAUCAUGGUUCAAGGCCGUUCGCGUCUAGUCCAAGAUGAUGUGGCCCUCCGCAUCUCCCAAGUUAUCAAGUCUACACCCCGUCCAGCCGCUGUCUCAUCACAGCAAUCGACAAAGGCCACGCCAUUAGAAUGGUUCGACCACUCUACUAAUGUUUUGCGUCACCCUUCCCGCGCACUUCUUGUGGGUGUUUUUAUGAACCAGCCGUUGUCAUAUGUUCUUUCUCAACAACAAAAGUUGGGACUUGACGUUGUGCAACUCCAUGGCUCUGAGCCAUUGGAGUGGGCCAGCUUGAUCCCAGUUCCCGUCAUCCGGAAAUUUGCACCGGGCGACAUUGGCAUUGCCCGCCGCGCAUACCACACGCUUCCCCUGCUGGAUUCUGGCGCAGGCGGUUCCGGUGAGCUGCUAGAAGAAUCUGGUGUUAAGAAGACACUCGACAGUGACGAGGGACUCCGCGUUAUUCUUGCUGGUGGGUUGAACCCGGAUAAUGUGGUCGACAUCGUGAAGAAGCUUGGCCAUUCUGGCCAGAAAGUGGUUGCUCUGGAUGUCAGCUCGGGCGUCGAGACUAACGGCUCCCAAGAUUUGGAGAAAAUCCGUGCCUUCGUGAAAGCAGCCAAAGACAUUCGGCAAUGA